ACUAAAAUGCCAUUCAGGUCCAAUUCCCUAUCCACAAAAUGUCCGCCCUAAUUCUGUUCCUUCUCUUCGCUCUGUACUGCCAUACAUUCUCCAACGCCUCCCUUACCUUCUCAGUCUUCGACUUCGGAGCCGCUGGCGAUGGCAUCCAUUACGACACGAACCCUAUACAAUCCGCAAUCGAUACAUGCGCUUUCUCUGGUGGCGGACGCGUCCUCUUCCCCACCGGAGGCGACUACCUCACCGGCACGCUGUUCCUGCGGUCCUAUGUAAUCCUUGAUGUGGAGCGCGGAGCAAGGAUUUUGGGUGGUACCAGGGAGGAAGACUACCCUAAGGAGUCAUCGCGGUGGUACGUUGUGCUCUCGGAGAACGUUACAGGGGUGGGGAUCACCGGCGGCGGAGAGAUUAACGGGCAGAGUGAGGCAUUUGUGAUUCGGCCUGAUGUGAGGAAGAAUGUGAUGGUGAGCUGGAACCGUACUGGGGCGUGUUUGGGAGACGAGUGCCGGCCGAGGUUGGUCGGGUUUGUUGAUUCGAAUAAUGUGAGGGUUUGGAAUAUCACGCUGAACCAACCAGCUUAUUGGUGUUUACAUUUAGUAAGAUGCAAUGAUACCAAGAUUCAUGACAUAGCAAUAUAUGGAGAUUUCAACACACCAAAUAAUGAUGGGAUUGACAUUGAGGACUCAAAUAAUACGAUCAUAACACGAUGCCAUAUCGACACAGGAGAUGAUGCCAUUUGCCCGAAGUCUUCAUCUGGGCCUGUGUACAAUUUGAGUGCAACUAAUUGUUGGAUUCAUACAAAAUCCUGCGCAAUAAAGCUUGGAAGCGCAAGCUGGUUUGAUUUUAAGAAGUUCUUGUUUGACAAUAUCACGAUCUUUGAAUCGCAUAGAGGUCUUGGAAUGCAAAUUCGUGAUGGAGGAAAUGUCAGCAACGUUAUCUUCUCAAACAUCAAAAUAAGCACCAGAUACUAUGAUCCUUUAUGGUGGGGAAGAGCAGAGCCAAUCUACAUCACAACAUGCCCGAGAGAUUCCACUUCUAAAUCUGGUUUCAUUUCUGACAUUCUCUUUGAAAAUAUAUCUGCGGUUUCAGAAAAUGGAGUAUUCUUGUCUGGUUCAAGAAAUGGAAUUUUGAGUAACAUAAAAUUAAAAAAUGUUAAUUUGACUUAUAGAAGAUGGACAAAAUAUCCUGGUGGAUUGUAUGAUUAUAGGCCUGGAUGUCAGGAUUUGGUUAACCACAGCACCUCAGGGAUGAUGAUGGAGCACAUUAAUGGCUUGGAUCUUACGAAUGUAAACCUGAAGUGGUUUAAGAGCAAAACUAAGGAGUGGAUUUUUCCUUUGCAAUUUAGGGGUGCUGAUGUGAAUAAAUUGUCUUUUCAUGAUUGGAAUUCAGAAAUUAUUAACAUUCCAGAAGUAGUUUUCAAGUAGAAUGGUGUCUCAAACGCCAUUUUAUAAGAGAAUUCGGUUGCUGGGCUAUUUAUGAUUUUAAUUGAUGUAUCAUUUUGAAUUUAUGAAUAUAUUUGUCUACCACUAUAUUAUUUAUUGUUUUGGAUCGAACAUUAAUCUAUGAGCUCUUACAAAAAUGUCAGUCUCAGUUGAUUCUAA